UACGUAUAUAUACUUGUACGGGACAUACAAGAAGACAUUUAUAUCUGAUGAAUACACUUUAUGAUUUACCGAAGAUAUUUUUAUUUUGUAUAUCAGCGAUCGUUUUGUAAACAGGACUUUAUUUAAUUCCUUAUGGCCUUAUGGUACGCAUACCAUAAGGAACAUAAACGUCGUGCAAAACACUCUUCAAAGAUUGGUUUAUACAUAGAAAUGUAUUGAAGCGUAUGUGUUGGUGAGAUACAUGAUAUGUCAAGUAGUGACGUUGGACAACUGAAUUUUGUCCAAACGUUACGUCUUACCGUGACGGUAAAAUAUCGUGUAAAUAUUAAAAAAAUCUAGGUCUAAACAAAGGUUAGGUACGAUUUAAAAUAAUAGAAUGGCUUUAGGCACAAUAUUGCAGAAAGCUAUAGACCUGGUUACCAAAGCAACAGAAGAAGAUCGUAAUAAAAAUUAUGAAGAAGCACUUAGAUUGUAUGAACAUGCGGUCGAAUAUUUCUUACACUCUAUCAAAUAUGAAGCGCAAGGAGAUAGAGCAAAGGAAAGUAUAAGAGCGAAAUGUACUCAGUAUUUGGAAAGAGCUGAAAACUUGAAAGCAUAUUUGAAGAAAAAGAAAAAACCUGUAAAAGCAGGCGAAGAUAACUCUAAAGCAGAGGAUAAGAAAAGUGAUAGCGGGGACAGUGAUACGGACAGUGAUCCUGAAAAGAAGAAACUUCAAACUAAAUUGGAGGGUGCGAUAAUUAUCGAAAAGCCAGAUAUUAAAUGGAGCGAUGUAGCUGGUCUUGAUGGGGCUAAGGAGGCUUUAAAGGAAGCUGUUAUCUUACCUAUACGUUUCCCUCAUCUUUUUACCGGAAAACGAAUCCCAUGGAAGGGUAUUUUAUUAUUUGGGCCACCUGGUACCGGUAAAUCUUAUUUGGCGAAAGCUGUAGCAACGGAAGCGAACAAUUCAACAUUUUUUUCUGUUUCAUCUUCGGAUUUAGUAAGUAAAUGGCUUGGAGAAUCCGAGAAACUUGUAAAGAAUUUGUUUGAUUUAGCUCGUCAACAUAAACCUAGUAUUAUAUUUAUCGACGAAAUUGAUUCACUUUGUUCGUCACGUUCUGAUAACGAAUCAGAGUCUGCGAGGAGAAUAAAAACAGAAUUCCUGGUUCAGAUGCAAGGUGUCGGAUCAGACAACGACGGUAUAUUGGUAUUGGGAGCUACUAAUAUACCAUGGGUAUUGGAUUCUGCUAUCAGGAGAAGAUUUGAAAAGCGGAUUUACAUUCCUUUGCCUGACGAGCAAGCACGUGCUAUAAUGUUUAAACUUCAUUUAGGAAAUACUGCUCACUAUCUUACAGAAGAAGACUUUAAAAAAUUAGCAGCUGCUACCGAUGGAUAUUCAGGAGCCGAUAUAAGUAUUAUUGUGCGAGAUGCGCUUAUGCAGCCAGUUAGGCAAGUUCAAACCGCAACACAUUUUAAACGUGUAAGAGGACCGUCGCCGAAAGAUCCUUCCAUUAUCGUUGACGACUUAUUAACGCCAUGUUCACCCGGAGAUCCAGCUGCUAUUGAAAUGAGUUGGAUGGAAGUCGAGGGUGACAAAUUGUAUGAACCUCCCGUAACUAUGAAAGAUAUGCUAAAAUCGUUAGCAACUACUCGUCCUACGGUGAACGAAGAAGAUAUGACCAAGUUAGAGAAAUUCAAAGAGGAUUUUGGGCAAGAAGGUUGAUAUUUUGAUUCAUUCAAGAAAGAUAUUGGACACUUUCGACAGUAUCUUUCAGUUAUCCAUGCACUUGCCUUAUGUCUUUUUUGAUUAUCGACAUUGCUGUCUAGUGUUUCUAUGAGAUCACUUUCGUACAUUUUUUCCUUCUUUUUUCUCAAACAGUCAAUUCGCAAUAACAAUGAUAACAUUGUAAACUUGAGGUUUUUUCAUGAAUAUUGUUUAUCAGAAUUGACAUAAAGGAAAAGAACAAGAGACAGAAUGAAAUAUAUAUUUUGAAGUGAAAUGCUGUUAGAUUUUAGUCGGCAAAAAAUAAAAUUAUAGACUGUUUUUUAAAUAUUCAUAAAUGCAAAGAAAAUGUUGAAACGCGUAUAACGAAUUCGGUGCGUUUUUUUAACUUACAGUUAUCGAUAUAGCUGUACUUAACAAAUUAACUGUAUAAUAUGUAGGUUUAUUAAGUAUUUCUGAAUAAUAUUUUGAUUUCAGCUGUCGAUUAGCAGUUUCUUUUAUUUGUAAUUUUUAUUCUGCUUAAACAUUCGUAACACCUUGCGUCUACGAUAGCUAUAUUCAUUUUCUCUGAUAACUAAAAUUACGAAUAAUCAAUUUAAAUAAUUUGUUAAAUUAAACGAGUGCGACUAUAUGUAGCAUGUGAUAUAUAUAUAUAUAUGUGUGUACGUAUUUCAAAUAAGCAUAAUACCAUUUACAUGUAAAUUGUUUUUAUUGUUAAUUAAAUAAAUAAUAAGCUGUACACACUAA